AUGAAUGACCCGGCUGUUAGUGCCAUUUGUCUUCCAUCUGUCGGUUCUUCAACGCUAUCAGCUGGUGAAUGGCCUCUAGCUAUAACAAUCGUAGUCGCUUUGGGAUGGGGAACAUUAAGAGAAAAUGGUGUCACAUCAUCGACCCUUCAACAAGUAACCUUAGAAACUGUUGCAUGGCAAUCAUCAACAUGUGCUCGCACCAUGAAAAAUUGA